AUGAGAACUGAUGACGACAUUGUUACCGGAGUACUGGCUUUGGUUGGAAGCUUGAUUGCUAUUGUUGGUAAUAGCCUGGUAUGUUUGACAAUUUACAGAAAUUUGCGUCUUCGCACUCCUACAAACGUGUUCAUCCAUGCAUUGGCUAUAAUCGGCCUUCUGUUCGCCGUGCUUAUUGGGCCGUCUAUAACAGUGACGUGCUUUGCUGGAAGACAGUGGAUUUUUGGACAGCACUUCUGCAAUUUCCAAGCAUUCAUGAUCCUGUUCACUGAAUUUGCAACUCUUCACACCAUCGCACUGACUGCGUUCAAUAGAUUUUGUCGAAUGACAAAGCCUCACCUGUACAAGAAAAUCUUUCCCUCCAAACGGCGCUCUACCGCCAUCCUGGUGUUGACGUGGGCCAUCCAACUUGGUUUUAUUUCUGCAUUUUCGUUACCGUCCUUCUCAAAAUACGAAUUCAGCGCCAGGCGAGCCACCUGCGUGCUAGUGUUCGACAGUAAAAGCGCGGACCUAAUCUACUGCGUUACCAAAACGGCGUUUUAUUUUGGUGUGACAUCCGUUGUCGUUGUGUAUUGCUAUUCCAAAGUUUUCUGGAACAUUCGAGAACACGCUCGGAAAGUGUCGAACACCUUCAGUCGCACUCGCGAACGCGUCAACGUGGAAGAGAUCAAAAUAACACGAACUGUGUUAGGCGUUGUAAUGUUCUUCCUGAUCUGCUGGAUCCCAGAGUAUAUCAUAUCUAUGAUAAUUCGGCUGCAUCCAAAUCAUUUGCAUCCUAUCCUUGACCGCAUUGUUGUAUUGUUUCUCUUCUUGAGCUCCUCGCUCACUCCGUGGGCAUAUGCGGUGACGAACAGGGAAUUUCGGGCCGAAUUUAAGCGUUUGUUAACUUGCAAAACCAGGCAAGAAACGGAAAUUGUGGAGAUGCCGGAGGUUGUUGCAUAA